GCCCACGAGUUAUCGGUGAAUCGAGGUGUUAUGACCUGCGAAACGUACACCCUCCCGACUGCUCGCCUUAUCUGAUCCUGCUUGAUUAUUUAAAGACGCCGAAUCCCACAUCUUCCUACCCUGUCAACUGGUGGAGUUGUUCUGUUCUUCACCAGAGAUACUUACAUAAAGAUGCAAUACUCCACUCGCUUCAUUAUCGCUUCUGCUUUGAUUUCCGCUGCUUCUGCUGCUGCCUCCCCAGCUGCUGUUGCUUUGCCAUGGGCUAAGGCCAACCCACAGGCCGCUGCUGCUGCUGAGGCCUACGCUGACGCUUACGCCGAGGCCGUUGCCAUCUCCCACCCAGACCCAGAAGCCUAUGCUUUGGCCGCUUCUGCCGAUGACUGUGCUACCAUUGCUUGUCACGCUGCCUGUGGUUUGAUGAUCAUCGGUGGUUCCGACUGUACCACCAACACAGACAACCAGUACGCUGGUCCAUACAACACCACCUGUUUGUGUGCUGAAGACUCUGAGUUGAACAAGUACUACGCCACCUGUAUGGACUGUGGUUGGACCUUGUGGAAGUACUACGGUCCUUAUGUUACCUCUGCCUUGGCUGCUUGUUCUCUUUCUACAGAGCCAACUGGUACUUCUAGAUGUUCCACCACUUUGACCGAUGAGUACACCAUCGACACCGGUUUGAAUGCCUGUGAAUACACUGGUGGUUGUACCACCACUGAUGGUACCACCACUGCUGAGACCACCACUGCUGCUGAUGAGACCACCACCGCUGAGACCACCACUGCUGCUGAUGAGACCACUACCGCUGAGACCACCACUGCUGCUGACGAGACCACCACCGCUGCUCCAGAGGAGACCACCACCACUGCUGCUGAUGAGACCACCUCUGCUGCUCCAGAGGAGACCACCACCACUGCUGCUGAUGAGACCACUGCUGCUGAGGAAACCACCACUGCUGCUGAGGAGACCACUGCUGCUGAGGAAACCACUGCUGCUGAGGAAACCACUGCUGCUGAGGAAACCACCGCUGCUGAGGAGACCACUGCUGCUGAGGAGACCACUGCUGCUGAGGAGACCUCUGUUGAAGUCUCUACCUUCGAGGGUGCUGCUGGUAAGGCUGCUGGUUCCGUCUUGGCUGCUGCCGUUAUGGGUUUGUUGGCUUUCUAAGCUCGAUAUAUUUGAUGAGUAACCACAUCUUGAGAUAAUCAAUUUAUGACUUUUGAUACGUUAAAGACUCAUACAAUGUAAUUUAACUCGUGAUAUUCGACCUUUGGAUUCGAUUCUUGGAUUUCAUUGCUAUACUAGCCGAACUGUAGACUACUUGUAACGCUUAACAGUUGUUGCACCUCUGUUGUGUUUUGUUGA